AUGAAGCAACUUAGUAAUGUAACAAAUCUUUUAAAAAAUAGUUUAAAAAAAAAUGUAAAUAUAGUAACAAAAUAUGAUAUGUACAGAAAUAGAAAAAUACAAGAUGGUCUUAGAAAUUUUUCUACACAAAACAUGGAAAAAAAAAAAAUGAAUAUGUUUACAGCAAUAAAUUCAGCAAUGCAUAAUGUAUUUGAAAAAGAUCCUAAUUCAAUAUUAUUAGGUGAAGAUGUGGCAUUUGGUGGAGUAUUUAGAUGUUCUCUUGAUUUAUUAAAUAAAUAUGGAGAUAAAAGAGUUUUUAAUACUCCUUUAUGUGAACAAGGAAUUAUAGGAUUUGCAAUCGGUUUAGCAGAAAACGGAUUUACUACAAUUGCUGAAAUUCAAUUUGGUGAUUAUAUUUUUCCUGCAUUUGAUCAAAUAGUAAACGAUGUAGCCAAAUAUAGAUAUAGAUCAGGUAGUAGUUUUGAUGUUGGUAAGUUAACUAUUAGAUCUACUUGGGGUGCUGUAGGUCAUGGUGGUUUAUAUCAUUCACAAAGUCCUGAAGCAUUUUUUGCUCAUGCAGCUGGAAUUAAAAUAAUAGUUCCAAGUGAUGCUUAUAAAGCUAAAGGAUUAUUACUUUCAGCUAUUAAAGAUCCUAAUCCUUGCUUGUUUUUUGAACCAAAAAAUUUAUAUAGGUCUUCUGUUUGUGAAGUUCCUAUAGAUGAAUACGAAUUAGAAUUAGGUAAAGCUGAUGUAGUAAAAGAAGGUAAAGAUGUAACUAUUGUUACAUGGGGUUCUUUAGUUCAUAAAAUGAAAAUAGCUGCUGAUAUUUUAGCCAAAAAGCAUAAUAUUGAUUGUGAGAUAAUUGACCUACAAACUAUCAUACCAUGGGAUAUUGAUACCGUUCAAAAAUCAGUUGAAAAAACUGGAAGACUUUUAAUAAGUCAUGAAGCACAAGUAACUAAUGGAUUUGGAGCAGAAAUUGCUGCAAAAAUUCAAGAAAGAUGUUUUUAUAACUUGCAUACUCCAAUUAAAAGAGUAUGUGGUUAUGAUACACCUUUCCCACAUGUAUAUGAACCUUUUUAUUUACCAGAUGAACAUAAAAUCGUUUAUGAAGUAAAAAAUAUGAUGAAGGAAUAA